AUGGCAGUAGGAAAUCAUUGCACAGUGACUGAGUUCUUCUUGGUUGGGCUCUCAGAGAAACCAGAAUUUCAGAUGCCCCUCUUCCUCCUCUUCACGGGAAUUUAUGUGGUCACUGUAGCAGGGAAUCUGGGCAUGAUUACACUAAUUGUGCUCAGUUCCCACCUGCACAACCCCAUGUACUAUUUCCUCAGCAGCCUGUCCUUCAUUGACUUCUGUCAGUCCACUGUUGUUACUCCUAAAAUGCUGGUGAGCUUUGUGGAAGAGAAAAACCUCAUCUCCUACCAUGGAUGCUUGACUCAGCUCUAUUUCUUUAUGAUUUUUGGCUUCGCAGAGUGUUAUACAUUAGCUGCAAUGGCAUAUGACCGCUAUGUGGCCAUUUGCAGCCCCUUGCUUUACAGUGUAACCAUGUCCUAUAAGAUCUACAGUUCCCUGAUUUCAGGAGUGUAUAUUUUUGGUGUGCUCACUGCAUCAGUUCUCACAGGCUUUCUGAUAAGGAUUAGGUUCUGCAAAACAGAUAUGAUCAAUCACUAUUUUUGUGAUCUUCUUCCCCUCUUGAAGCUUGCAUGCUCUAAUACUUUUAUCAUUGAACUGUUGAUUCUAAUUUUUGGUACAUUUAACAUUUGUGUCCCAAUUUUCACAAUUAUUACUUCCUACAUCUCCAUUAUUGCCAACAUCCUCAGGAUUAAAUCCAAAGAAGGCAGGUCCAAAGCCUUCAGCACCUGCAGUUCCCACAUCUCUGCUGUUGCUGUCUUCUUUGGUUCUGCUGCAUUCAUGUACUUACAGCCAUCAUCAGUGAAUUCCAUGGACCAAGGGAAAGUGUCAUCUGUGUUUUAUACUACUGUUGUUCCCAUGCUGAACCCAUUGAUCUACAGCCUGAGGAAAGGAUGUCAAUGUUGCCUUGAAGAAAAUACUUCAAAGAAAAAAAUUCAUGUUUCAUAA